CAUUUCGGUCAGUCCUACUACCAGCUAAAAAAUUGUAUGAAAAAAUAAUUAUGUCAAUUAAAAUAUGCAGGGAUUACAAUAAAUUCAAGGUGUGCUUACACCUUACACUAUUAGUAUCUCUGUUACACAGUAAUUGCAAAUCCGCCAGACUGUCUUCUGGUAUGUGAAUGUUUCAGUGUGUCCAGCCUAUCAUUUUUGUGUUUUGAACAAAAAGUGUUUGUUUUCUUGGCAACAAUUUAAGUGAAACCAGCUAUAGUCAGCCUAAAACAUGGAAACCUUGGAAUACCAUGAACUUGUUCAGAGAUACUAUGGCUCUCGCCUGGAGAUACAUGGUAAUCUAAAGACCAGUGCAUCAUGCAUGUCACCAUCCACCCCAAUACCCCAGAGCACUUUUGAUGCACUUCGACUAGUCCACCCCUCGGUCUGCAAAAAAUACUCUGGUUGUGGGCUGGUUGUUCCUGAGAAGCUACAGGGCUGUAAGGUGCUGGAUCUGGGCAGUGGCUCUGGCAGAGACUGCUUCAUUCUCAGUAAACUAGUGGGCCAGAGCGGUCAUGUCAUCGGCAUUGACAUGACAGCAGAACUGAUCCUGGCAUCACGCAAAUAUGUCCAGUACCACCAGGAGAAGUAUGGCUACGAGAAGCCCAACACCAUAUUUGUGCAGGGUUACAUAGAGAAACUGAAUGAGACGGGAAUACAGAGUGGUUCGCUGGAUGUUCUGGUGUCAAACUGUGCCAUGUGUCUGUGUCCUGACAAGAAGCCGGUUCUCAGGGAGGCUUUCAGAGUGCUCAAGGAGGGUGGGGAACUUUACUUUAGUGACAUAUAUUCCAGCAAGGCUGUUCCGGAACAUUUGAAACAAGACCCAGUUCUGUGGGGUGAAGGCUUGAGUGGUGCCCUCUACUGGCGAGACCUGAUCUCUCUAGUGCACGAGGUGGGCUUUAGUACUCCAUACCUUCUCACUGCAAGCCACAUCAUAGUCCACAAUAGUGAGCUACAGAAGAAAGCAAGUGGCAUCACACACACCUCUGCAACUUAUCGCCUCUUCAAGUUGCCCAAAAAUAGAAAGCAGAGCGACGCAGUUGUGGCUUACAAAGGAACGGUCCCUGACCAUCCCGACCUACUCAAGUUUGACAUAUAUCAUUGUUUUGAGACAGACAUAGAGGUAACCGUGGAUGCAGAAAUGGCAGCCGUGCUUCAGCAUUCCCGAUUCUCCUCUGACUUCUCCAUCCAAAACUCAGACAAACCUGCACCAAGCCCUAAAUGUGCCCCUCAGAGCUGUCACCUUAGUAACCCAUUCCUACUUGCUGAUAACCUCAAACUUCAUUCAAAGCCCUCCACCAAGAUUGGGAACAUUGGAGAACCAGUGGAAAAGUAUGACACUACCAACUGGGAUAUACUACUUUCUUCAUGAAAAUUAAUAUAAUAAACAUGUUACAUGA